CCUUUCUGCCGUGCUGCGGGGCGGGCUCUGCAACGCACCAAUCACCGCGCGGCUCCUCUCUAUAAAUACGAGGCCACCGACUUGCUCCAGGCCCAGUGGUUUCCCCUGAUUCGUGGACGACGGCUGCCACCAUGUCGGAGACUGCGCCUGUUGCCGCUCCCGCUGUCUCCGCUCCCGGGGCGAAAGCGGCCGCCAAGAAGCCGAAGAAGGCGGCGGGCGGCUCCAAGGCGCGCAAGCCCGCGGGCCCCAGCGUCACCGAGCUGAUCACCAAGGCCGUGGCCGCCUCCAAGGAGCGCAAGGGGCUCUCCCUCGCCGCGCUCAAGAAGGCGCUGGCCGCCGGCGGCUACGACGUGGAGAAGAACAACAGCCGCAUCAAGCUGGGGCUCAAGAGCCUCGUCGGCAAGGGCACCCUGGUGCAGACCAAGGGCACCGGCGCCUCCGGGUCUUUCAAGCUGAAUAAGAAACCGGGUGAGACGAAAGAGAAGGCAACUAAGAAGAAGCCAGCCGCCAAGCCCAAGAAGCCGGCGGCCAAGAAGCCCGCCAGCGCUGCCAAAAAGCCCAAGAAGGCGGCGGCAGUCAAGAAAAGCCCCAAGAAAGCCAAGAAGCCCGCGGCUGCUGCCACUAAAAAGGCAGCCAAGAGCCCCAAGAAGGCUGCCAAGGCUGGCCGCCCCAAAAAGGCAGCAAAGAGCCCGGCCAAGGCAAAGGCGGUGAAGCCCAAAGCUGCCAAGCCCAAGGCAGCUAAGCCUAAGGCGGCCAAAGCUAAGAAGGCAGCGCCCAAAAAGAAGUAAAACGACUGAGAAGAAAUUAGUCUACUCAUUUAAAUAAACCCAAAGGCUCUUUUAAGAGCCACCCA